GGCUGUGGAGUACAUGGUGACGCUGCUUUGUCCUCCAUAAAUACAGCGACUUAUACCUCCUCAAAUUCCUUCUACUUGACUGCCAGCGAGUCUAAACGUCAAUAAGUCACCGCUGCUCACCUGCACACACAGGAUGCCUGGAUCCGCCUCAAUCAACUGCUUGGGACCAUGGCCAAAAGAUGUGGGUAUUAUUGCCAUGGAACUGUACUUCCCAUCCCAGUAUGUGGAUCAGGCUGAACUGGAGCAGUUUGAUGGUGUUCCAUCUGGGAAAUACACCGUGGGAUUAGGUCAAGCGCGCAUGGGCUUCUGUUCAGACCGUGAGGAUAUAAACUCCCUGUGCCUGACCGUGGUCCAAAGACUGAUGGAGAGGAACACCCUGUCCUAUGACAGCAUUGGUCGCUUGGAAGUUGGCACUGAGAGCAUUAUUGACAAAUCCAAGUCGGUGAAGACGGUCCUCAUGCAGUUGUUUGAGGACUCUGGUAACAGCAACGUGGAGGGGAUUGACACCACCAACGCUUGUUACGGCGGGACGGCUGCGCUCUUCAACGCUGUCAACUGGGUGGAGUCCAGCUCCUGGGAUGGCCGCUAUGCCUUGGUUGUUGCAGGGGACAUUGCAGUCUACGCCUCAGGAAGUGCCAGACCUACAGGGGGCGCUGGUGCCGUGGCGAUGCUGGUUGGGCCUAAUGCUCCGUUAGCCUUUGAGCGAGGUCUACGGGGAACGCACAUGCAGCAUGCGUACGACUUUUACAAACCUAACCUGAUGUCGGAGUAUCCUGUGGUGGAUGGCAAGCUAUCCAUCGAGUGUUACCUGAGUGCCUUGGACCGCUGUUACUCGCUCUACCGAAACAAGAUCCAUGCUCAGUGGCAAAGAGAGAGCGUGGACAAGCAAUUCUCUUUGGAGGACUUUGGCUUUCUUGUCUUUCACUCGCCAUAUUGCAAGCUGGUGCAGAAGUCUUUGGCAAGACUGAUGCUGAACGACUUCCUGAGCCAUCCCAGCCCCAACACUGACACGGGACCCUUUAGUGGCCUUGAUGCUUUCAGAGAUGUGAAGCCAGAAGAGACCUACUUUGACCGUGAUGUUGAGAAGGCCUUUAUGAAGGCCAGUACAGACCUGUUUGAAAGAAAAACCAAACUGUCCUUGCUCAUCUCCAACCAGAAUGGAAACAUGUACACUCCCUCAGUGUAUGGCUGCCUGGCAUCAAUCAUUGCACAACACACAUCAUCACAGUUGGCAGGUCAGAGGAUUGGGCUCUUCUCUUAUGGAUCAGGAUGUGCAGCAACGUUAUAUUCUCUUAGGGUCUCACAAGAUCACACACCUGGUUCAGCUCUUGACAAACUUCUUUGUAGCAUGAGUGACCUAAAGAGCAGACUGGAGUCCAGGAAGAAGGUUUCACCUGCUGUGUUCUCUGAAAAUAUGAUGCUUCGAGAGCAGACCCAUCACCUCGCCGGCUACAUCCCUCAAGGCUGCGUGGAGGAUCUGUUUCCAGGAACGUGGUACUUGACGCGGGUGGAUGACAAACACCGCAGAGAAUAUGCCAGAAGACCUGCGGACGACAACCUGCCUUCAGAGCCUGAGCGUGUUCACUGCUGCGACGCUCAGCAGCACAUCUCAAGCCCAGCCAAGAAGAUUCCGCAUAUUCCCGUCGCCACCGCCACAAAUAACAGCACCAUCAACAACUGACAGCACGCAGCUCUUCUCCGAGGCAUCCGGUGGUCUGGAAACAAGUACAAGGGCUGCAAAGGCCAACGUAUGGUUUGGAACUUGAGGACAGCCUUUAGAAACUGCUACUGCAACCUCAUCAUGACUACAAACUCUAAAGCACAGCAAUACAAGCCUCUGUGCUGCAAUAAAUAUCAAGCUGUUAUGAAAAAGAGAAGAAAUCUUACUCCUGUUGUCAAAGCAAGGAGUGUCGCUCUCAUCCCUAUAAACUGUAACACACAGCCAAGAUAGUAUCAGUCCCCUAUUUUUUAGUUUCACCACCAUCAAUCAAAUAAUACAUUCCAACAUGCAUUCUUUCCUUUUCUAGAUUUCAAAUAAAAAGUAAUUAGAUAUCACUUAAAUGCUAGGAAAGGACAUAAUCUUUGACAGUAUCUGUCUGCACUUGUUUUUAAUUUUUAUUGUCCGAUUGACACAAGUGGAAUUAGUCCAUCAUUGAUUGCAUGUACUCCUGCCACAAUCAUAAUGCUGUUAGUGGUGUGUAAUGGUACUGCAGCAUCACUCUUUCCUAAUAAGGGCACGCUUCCUGUUCCAAUCAAAAUGCAACACAUCGAACUUCUGCGUCAACAACCUGAUUGUUUUUUACACUAAACACUUCGCCAACAAAACAUUUUAUUUGAAAACACAUUUUCAAGUGUCUACAAAUGAAAACUUCGACCCAGUUUGUACAUUGAAAAUAGUAAAUAAUAAUUGCUAAAUUAGCAAAUUUGUGUAAGACCUCAAAAUAUAUCUCAUUAUUUUAUUUUUACAACAUGCCGAGGGUCGCACUGCAGACAAGUACAACAGUCCGAAUUUAAAGACUGAAUGUAGUAAAGUAAAGUUCAGCCCUUUGAGACACUUGUGAUUUAGGGCUAUAUAAAUAAACAUUGAUUGAUUGAUUGAUUAUUGGUUAAAGUACAGUAUUAAUAGUCCAAGCGUGUAGUCCAGUUGUCCAUCUCUACUGAACAAUAAAGUCACACUGCUUUCAUUUGAUCCACUUAUCUUUGUUUACGUAUUUCACCGGGAAGGCCAAGUUUUCCCAAACAGAAGAGGCUUUUCAAGCUCUGGCUUCUCCUUGGCACUAUGGCUAGCAAUGACUCAUGCUCGCCAAAGACUGGACUAUUUGUUUACCUAGUAGACCCUCACUAUGGUGUGUGUGUGUGUGGGAAAUCGGUAUGCCCAUGAAGGCGAAAGUACAGAAAAAGUACACUUGGCAUUAGAAGUAAGACAGAAGUUGUUGUCAUGUGCUGAUGAGGUCCUGGCAUUUUGUUUUAUAGCGUUGUCUUCCUUUUACUGUGCUCCAGUUGUUUGCUGGAAGAAGUAGAGCUCAGGAAAAAGCAUGGCUAAGAUAAGUCUUAAACUAAGUUGCAGUGGAUGAUUCUUAUUCAGCCUGCUUGCAGUUUAGCCCUUACAAGAUCCUUCAAGUAUAAAAACGGUUUGUCUUGAUGUACCCUCAGAGUUGCCGCCUCCACACACACCAGCAUCAAACAUGUGUGUGCCCACAUUGCAGUCUCACCACUUGAAAUGUAAAUGUACAGUAUAAACUGUCAAUGUAUUUAUGCUGUGUACAUAAGAGUGCGUGGAUGAUUCUUCGUUUAAUCCUCCCUCAUUUGUGUAAAUCGGAACCAAUCAAUACAUUUAUAUUCAACAUUU